AUGUCCAAGGACGAGACCAAGGAGGGCGUUGCCCAAGAGGUCUCCCACGAGGAGAAGCACGUCGUCGACAAGGAGGUGCUGGACACGGCUGAGCCUGCCCAUCGCCGCCAGUCUGCUGCCGUCAACCUGGUCGAGAACCCCCUCAAGCGCGUCUCCAAGGAGCAGAACCUUCUCGAUGCAAAGGCAUUUGCCGAGCAGCACGGGAUGCCCGACAAGGCCGAGCUCUUUGGCAAAGCUGCCCUCGUAGCUCGCGACCUGGACGCCUUCAACACCGUCACUGAGCUCAACGAGGAGGAGCUCGCCGCCCUCCAGUACGAAAAAGACCACAAGUGGCAUGGCCCCUUCAUGCUGUGGUACUCAAUUGGCCUCUGUGCCGUUGGUGCCGCCACUCAGGGAUGGGACCAGACCGGAUCCAACGGUGCCAAUCUGUCCUUCCCCAAGGAGUUCGGCAUCGACAGCGGCUCCCAACAUGAUGAGUGGAUUGUCGGUCUCGUCAACGCCAUCAUUUUCCUGACUGCUGGUCUCAUCGGUGCCUUCAUCGUCGAUCCUCUCAACCACUACCUCGGCCGACGAGGUGAAAUCUUCGUCACUGCUCUCUGCCUCACUGCCACCCCCAUCGGCUCUGGUUUCGCAAGGACCUGGCAGGAGCUCUUCGCCGCCCGAUUCGUCAUGGGCAUCGGCAUCGGCGCAAAGAACGCCACUGUCCCCAUCUACAGUGCUGAAAUGGCCCCUGCCCGCGUCCGUGGUGCUCUGGUCAUGUUCUGGCAGCUCUGGGUCGUUGCUGGUAUCUUCCUCGGUUUCUGCGCCAACGUCAUCGUCAAGGACACCGGUGACAUCGCAUGGCGUCUCCAGCUGGGAUCCGCCUUCAUCCCCUCCUUCGUCCUCGGCGCCGGCAUCUUCUUCUGCCCCGAGUCCCCCCGUUGGCUCAUGAAGCACGGAAAGAUCGCCAAGGGCUUCGAGUCCAUGAACCGCCUCCGCGCCCACCCCAUCAUCGCCGCCCGCGACUACUACUACUCCCACGUCAUCUAUGAGGAGGAGCUCAAGGAGGCUGCCGGUGCUGGCUACUUCUCCCGCCUGUGGGACUGCUUCCGCAUCCCCCGAAUCAGGCGCGCAAACUACGGUGCUUCCACUGUCAUGCUUGCCCAGCAGAUGUGCGGAAUCAACAUCAUCUCUUUCUACAGUUCCACCAUCUUUGAGGAGGCUGGCUACCUACCCACCGAAGCUCUGUACGCCUCUCUGGGUUACGGUGCUAUCCAGGUCGUGUCGACCAUCCCUACUCUGUUCCUGAUUGACACCAAGGGUCGACGAACACUGACUCUGGCUACCUUCCCCGGAAUGUGUAUCUUCUUGCUUGCUGCUGGUCUUUCCCUGUUGAAGACCGACGGUUCCCGUGCUGAGCAGCUCGCCCCCGUUGUCCUGUUCAUUUACCUCUUCACCAUCUGCUACUCCCUUGGUGAGGGACCCGUUGCCUUCCAGUACUCUGCCGAGGUGUUCCCAACCAUUCAGCGUGAACAGGGCAUGGCCUGGGCUGUGUGCAUCAACAACACUUUCGCUGGUGUCCUUAGUCUUACCUUCCCCCCUAUGCGAAAGGCCAUGACACCUACCGGAGCUUUCGGAUUCUACGCUGGAUUGAACCUGAUAGCCUGGUUCAUGAUCUUCUGCUUCGUUCGUGAGACCAAGCAACUGACCCUGGAAGAGUUGGACCAGGUCUUCUCCGUCCCAACCAAGGAGUUCAUCGCCUACGAGUCCAAGGUGUGGCUCCCAUACUUCAUCAAGCGCCACAUCUUCCGCAAGAACAUCCCCAAGCCUCCCCCUAUCAUCGAGAAGGCCGGAAACACCUCCGACUCCAACUAA